UAGGAAGGAAGCUGACUUUCUUCAUCUGUACCAUCGUGACGUUGGUGUCCGGAGUGAUUUCAAUGGUUGUACCCAGUUUUACAGUGUUUGCUGUGUUUCGACUGAUACACGGUACAUUAUAUCCAACAUUGUACCAAUCACCAACUAUUAUAUUGGUUGAGAUGGUUGCAAAGAAGACGCGUACCAAGAUUGUGGGAGUCAACUGUAUCUCAUGGAGUAUAGGAAUGUGUAUUCUCCCUCUUCUUGCUUAUUUGUGUAGAGACUGGAGAAUACUUGGCCUGAUAACCACGUGCUGCUGUAUUCCUUUUCUAGCCUCCUGGAGGUUUUUGCCUGAAUCUCCUCGCUGGUUGGUGUCCGUUGGACGUUAUGAAGAAGCAACUGUAAUUCUAACUAGAAUUGCUAAGACAAAUGGAUACCCUGUGCCUACUGACCUCAUGACGAAACUGAAGAAAUUUCAAAAAAACAUAAAGGAAGAAGAAGAAACAACAUACAACUUGAAGGAUUUAUUCCACUACAGCACUUUAAGGAAGCACUUCCUGAUUGUAACACUUUCAUGGAUUUCCUGCGUCAUAGGUUUUUAUUCUUUGGUGAUCAACGCUACAAACCUCUACGGAAAUGAAUUUCUCAACUUUUUCUUUCUCGGACUUGUUGAUGUACCAGGAAUUUUCUUAUCUUUGUUUCUAAUGGAAAAAUUAGGGCGCCGAUGGACUAACGUCAUCUUCAUGUCUAUGGCUGGCUUCAGUAUCUUGAUAUCAGGUGGUUUUUCCACUGAGUUGCCUAUCGCUACAACAGCGCUGGCAAUCAUAGGUAAAUUUGGUUUUAUUGGUGCCUUUGUUGCCAUGUAUCAGCAGGCAGCAGAACUUUACCCAACCCCUGUCAGGGCUCUUGGAAUGGGAACUAGUGCUACAUUUGCCUGUAUAACAACGAUUUGUGCUCCUUACAUCGUCUAUCUGGGGACCUAUAAACGAUAUAUACCGUAUCUUAUUGUUGGAGGAGUUUGUUUGGUAGCAUCAUUUGCAUCAUCCUUCCUUCCUGAGACUCUACAAUCUAAACUACCACAAACUAUAGAGGACGGAGAAGAAUUUGGCAAACAACAAAAGUAUUUUUCUUGCCUUGGACUACACAUAUCUAGAACUACUACUGGAGUUAAAAAAAAUGACAACAAGAAAGCCGGUUCCAUUGUGGAAGAGCAAGAUUUGGAACUUUUACCGACUGUAUAAUCUUGAUGCUGUAUUUACUGACGAAUUGAUGAAUCAAUUUGAUUUUCAACUUUUUGUUUUAACUAAGCUUUUAUUCUAAUUAUUUUUACUUACUUAAAAUAAAAUCCUUGAAUAUUUUUCUUGGUAUGGAUAUAAUUCUUCAUAUGAUGGUUGUAGUAUUGAUUCUGUUAAAUAAAUAUAAUUAUAUAGCGA